CUUCCACUCAGACAGUAUUUGAAUGUGUGUGUGUGCGCAGGCUGAGAACAGACAGGUCCAAAACAAAUUCCUCCUCUGGUCCAAAGCUAUCAUUGCAGGCUGAAAUAUAAAAUGCAUAAAAAUGUACAUUUUGAUACCAGUGACUUUACAGGUAAUCAAUAAAACACAUUGGUUCUCCAGAACCACAUCUUGUAAUUUUUUUUCUUUUCAAAUAAUGGUAAAAAAAAAACAGCUUCCAAAGUCCUGUUUUGGCCUGUUUAUAGGAAAGAAUGUCUCCUCCAGGUUUUUUCUUUCAACACAGACUUUCAUUGAAGGAAGGAACUAAACUGUUGCUAAGAUUUUGGGCUUCUUUGCAACAUAUGAGUCAGUGUUGUUUAUUUUUCUUUGGUACACUUUAAUGAAAGCUUCUUUGAAUUAUGUCAUUGUUGCUCCACACUGUCUGACCUCUGUUGAACAGACUGCAUACCUGGCCCUGGUUCAACUCUGCUCCUCUACGUACCUCAGGUAAUCCAGCUGACACCCGCACACAAACACAGAUGCAGACAUCACCCACUGUGGCUUCUGAGGUUAGAUUGUUGUCCUUUCAAAUGACAGUGUCCCACUCCAGUACUUUUCCCUGUUCUGAGUGUGAAGAGGGAGGGUGUAACAUGGGGAGGUGGAUAUAAAUUGGAAGCGUCCACGUUGAAACUCCUUCAUUCAAUAGGUCAAACAAUGGCAUUCAGAGGAGUGUGUGUGCUGCUGGGAGCUCUGCUGCUCGCCAACGUCUCAUUUCAGCAGACUCUACCUAAGAAAAAGCCUCUCAAAAAAGAUCCACCCAAAGAUGCCGCCAUAGAGGAGCUUCAGAAACAGAUCAACGAUAUUGUGGAAGAGCUGAACCACCUGAAGGAGCGACAAGCCCUGCAGACAGUCUGUUUAAAAGGUUUUAAAACCCAUGGCAAGUGUUAUCUGGCCGACCCUGUGAAGAAGCGCUACCACACUGCGAGUGAAGACUGUAACUCCCUGGGUGGCGUCCUGGGCACGCCAAUGUCCAGCGGCGAGAACGACAAACUCAGAGAGUACAUCCACCAGAGCGUCGGCCCAGAUGAGCAGGUCUGGCUUGGCGUCAACGACAUGAUGACCGAGGGCACCUGGACAGACCAGCACGGAGUCAGCAUCACGUUCAAAAACUGGGACACCACCAACUACCGGUCCCCGCAACCGGAUGGAGGCGUAUCCCAGAACUGUGUGGUCCUCUCUGGUUCUGCCAGUGGGAAGUGGUUUGACGAGAACUGUCGUGAGGAGAAGGCAUCCGUCUGUCAGUUCAACAUCGUUUGAUCACAUGUAUCUCAUAAUAGACUCUGUGCAUGGUCAUAGCUGCUUUGUGUACUCAUGAUGCAAUGCCUGCUAUUUUUACUUUUUUUUUUUUACAAAUUAAUUUUAAAGCCAGUGGAUCUCAAUCUGGAACAAACUGACAUUAGAGUCAAAGUUAGCACAUGACAAUACAUGUUCUAAACUUAAAUGUUAAAGAAUUUUAUAGAUGAAGAUGAAAGAAAAAUAUAAUGUUCCUGCAAUAAAAGAGAAGGUGCUGGCACCUUUCACAAAGUAAAAACUGGGCGUCUCAAUUUUCAAGAUUGCCACACCUCCACACGGCCACGCCACACUGGUUGAGAACCACUGGCUUUAAGCUUUUGCAUACAUUACAUACACAUAACUAUUGUAUGAUAACUUAAAAUGUAGACCAGACUCACCUAGAGCCAGAAUAAUGAGUAGUUUUGCAUUUUUUACAUUUUAAUUUUUAAUGAGAUUAUAUCUGUGUUCUAUUAGCAGUUUCUUUUGAAACCUAACACAUAUUCUUCUUCUCUUUUGUAUUUUUAAUGCUUUGUUAAUAAAAGCAUCUGAUGCAAGUUUGUGAGAGAGAG